UUGAGAAAAUCCACAGCAGACUGUUUAUUCGAGGAGCUGCAGGGGAUGUAGCGGAGGACCUCUGCUUCGACUUGUCUUAUUCACUCUGCCAAGAAACCUUUCUUACCAAGGGUGACGACAGCUGCAACAUGGACAGCUUUUAUGACCAGCAGGUCCCCUUUGUGGUGCCCGAGAGUAAAUGUCACACAGAGGAGACAGAGAGAGGUCUCGGUGAUAGACGGAGGAAACUCGUGGACACAGAUCUGGCUCAUGACACAGAAGAGCUUUUUCAAGAUCUGAGCCAGCUCCAGGAAAUAUGGAUUGCAGAAGCUCAGGUUCCUGAAGACGAGCAGUUCGUCCCAGAUUUCCAGUCCAGUAACUUGAUGUUUCAUGGACUUCCUGUCAGCAAAGUGAAGCGAGAGCCCAGUCCGUCCAAAGACUUGUCUCCAUGCAGAACACCUCAAGCUGACAUGUGCCUUUACAGUUACAGUGCCUGUAACAGCAAGCCAGGUCCGACCGCAGCCUCCCCGCCUGCAGCAGGUGGUUCCCUCCACCCCGCCGGACCCCCACCUUUACAGAGGCAGCUACAGCCAUCUCCCUCCCACCUGACCGGCCACUGCUCCCCGAGCCCGUCCCACCGCGCCAGCCUCCCGCCGGCCGACCAAAGCCAGCGCUUCGCUCUGCCCCGCCCCCCCAUCAGCUGCUCGGAGCCAUCGUUCAACACAGAACAGAGGUUCCAGAGGCAACUUUCAGACCCCUGCCUGCCCUUCCUGCCGUCAGAGAAACCCACAAACACAGCUUACCACCCGGCGGGCUGCGACGGCCGGCCGCUGUACCAGCGCCACCUGUCAGACCCGCUAGUCCCCCGCGGCCCCCGAGUCUUCAAGCAGGAGCUGGUGGAUCCCCGGUAUCCAGAGGCUGCUCCGGGUUUGCCCCGACCCCAGGCCGCUUUCAACCACGUGACAAUCAAACAAGAGCCCAGAGACUUCGGCUUUGACCCAGAAGUUCAAACCUGUCAGUCAUCUUCAUUUGGAAAAUCCUCAGUUUUGCUGCAGAAAAACAGUGCAGGCUUUGGUCUGGACAGAGACCCUCUCCUGUACUAUGACGACACUUGCGUUGUCCCAGAAAGAAUCGAAGCAGGUAAAGUAAAGCAGGAGGGUUUGCCGUACCAGCGCCGCGGCUCCCUGCAGCUCUGGCAGUUCCUGCUCACGCUGCUGGAAAACCCAGCCAACGGACAUCUGAUCGUGUGGACGGGCCGCAACAUGGAGUUCAAACUGAUUGACCCAGAGGAGGUGGCUCGGCUGUGGGGGAUCCAGAAAAAUCGGCCAGCCAUGAACUACGACAAGCUCAGCCGCUCGCUGCGGUACUACUAUGAAAAGGGCAUCAUGCAGAAGGUAAAGGUGGCGGGAGAAAGGUACGUUUACAAGUUCGUCUGCAGCCCCGAUGCACUUUUCUCCAUGGCAUUCCCUGAAAACCAGAGGCCCAGCCUGAAGGCCGAGCUGGACACCAUCCUGCCCCCCAGCGAGGAGGAGGGCCUCCCCCUGCCAGGAUACGACGAGGAGGGGCCCUUCCUGGUGGAAGGAGCCGAGCAGUGCAUGCAGGGGCUGGCCUUCCCCGACAGCUACUCGUACUGAAACUUCAAUCGCUGAGCAGUGUUUGUAAAUGUUCACACGUUAUCCAUCAAAAAAAGACAUUCCAAGUGUUGUUUUUUUUUUUGUAAAACUGACUCAACCAGAGGCUGAAUAUCAGUGAAGCACUAAGACUGUUAAACUCUCCCUUUGAGAAAAUGCAAGUCUCCAUCCGAAACUUUUGUUGUGCUCAUUUGGAUCGAACGUCAUCUCUUAAUCUCUACUUUUUUUUAGUCGACAGUCUCGUUGUGUGUAACGGCCAUUGCUGCAGUCCUCAUGUUUGUCAACUCUGGGAUCUGUUUUGCAACCAAAAAGUAUCUCAAAGCCAUGACACUCCUUUUAUUAAUUUACUCAUAAUAGCUUUGAGGGACACACUUGUAUUUUCCAGACCUUUGUACCUUGUAAUCUCAAAUAAUCUACUCGGAAAUGUCUGUGCUGUACUUUAUCUUGGAUUCAAAGCUAAUAUUUUUUUGGCUUUAUAUGGAUGUUUUUUCCUAUAACGGUUUAUGACAAAGGUACUGCUUCUAUUUUUGAUCCAGUAAUACUGCCUCUCUGAUGCUAAACACAAGCAUGACCUUUCUUCCAAAAUGGCUCGCGAGUUAAAUGUACUGAACUAGUUUUCUGCAUUUUUGUAUAACGAGUUUGCUUCAGUGUGUAGACAAAGUGUAUAAUUAUUAUAUGGAUAUAUUUUUGCUAAAGGCUAUGUUUGCUUUCUAAUGUAUUGCAUCAGCUCUAAAAAGGAGGAGUGUCAGUCCUGCAGGCAGAAGAUGGACGCAGUGGUAUAUUUUACUAUAUGACGACAUAGUUGUAAAAGACACUGACACUGGUGUGACUUGUACCCUCAGAUACUGUAUGUGUGCCUUCUGUUGAUCUUUACUGAUACAAUAAACUAUUUUAAUCUUUU